AGAGGGGUUUGUUGUGGUCGUUUCUACUAGAGAGCAGACAUUUUACAAGGAAGGAUGAGUGAAGCUAUGCUACUGAAGGCCAAAGGGUAUUUGAUUUCCAGUUUCUAUGUUUGUACUAUAUUAGGUUCAUAUAUUUGGAUGUAAUACUCUGAAAUGACAGAGAGAAGAAAUACAGCAAUUCCUCCAACUGGGGGCGCAAAUUCGCACUACAUGAUCACAGUCCUUCCUAUAACUAUAUCGGUCUCUGUAGAGACUUUGUAACAGCUUUUCUGUGUGUUUUUCAAAUCCGUGUUUCGCCAACAAGCGAUCCUCCAGCUUUUAUUUAACAUUUUUAAUCUCACAAACCGCCCUGGAGUCUUGACGUGAUGCUGAAGUCAAACAACUCUGAGCACAGUGUCAGUUGUAUAUUUCCAAAAGUAGCACGCGGAAAGGAAGAUUUGAAUUCCUGUCUGUUAAAUAAGAACCUAACUGAGUGAGUGAGUGGCUUUUGUUAAACGCUUCUGUUCUCCAGUAGCUCCAGAAGAGGGCGCUGCUAGACGACGUUGUGAAUGCCGCAUGUGAGAAAAACUGAGUUAAGCUUCAGUUAGUGAGUCAGCUGUGGCUUCAUGUCGGCUCUAACAGCCGCUUCUUUCAUUGGUAGUGACACUUAAUUCGAUAAUUGUGACUUUUAACGCUUUAAAAAAAGGAUAAAACAAUGACUUAAUUAAUAGAAACCGUGACAGUAGCUAUUCGUUAUUACCGGUGCGUUUUAAAAAGCAAGAAUUAUGAUGAAUCACGUUCAAAAUGGAAGCGGAAUAGAAGAUAUGCGUGUGUGUAUACCAGAGUUCCGUCAGUCGGUCACGUGACUGCUGUGUGAGACAAACACAGCUCAUCAGCUCUGUUGAUUUAAUCAGUCCUUUAUUCUGCCUUGAAUCUCUGAUCAAGUGACUGUCUGCUCUCUGUCAGGACUAUGACCUUUGAUCCCUCUGUCUCUUGAUUCAAUUUCUCUUCUCGCUUUUCAGAAACAUUUCUCAACUGUGACUUCAUUUUAUGAAUCUAACAUAUUCAUAAUUCAGUUUUCUGUCGCAUCAUUUUGACCUUUUUGGUUGAAAUCUCGGCUAUUUUUAUAUUUUCCCCACAGUUUUGUUUAGUUUUAUUGUGACAUUCUAAUCUUGUUCAAAAAACAUUUGAACACUUGUUUAUUAUUUAUUACAUUUAUUUCAUAAUAGUGUUUUCAGUUUAUGAAUAUCACAUUUUUCUCUCUGAAGAUCACAAAACUUGGUGUCGCACUAUUUGCAGGACUUUUUUAAAAUCUCACACAAAAGACAAAAAUGUCUCAUGAUCAACUUUUGUAUCCAUUUUGACCUUUUAUCAUUUGGUUUAGUGUUUUCUGUUUGUGUUGAUUUGCGCUUUGUCUAUCUUAAAUCUCAGCAAUGCAACUAUUUACACACAAAAAAAGGACUCCUAACAAAGUGCUGAAACUUUGGACCAUGAGUCGCUGUCGCAGGUGAUUGGAUCAAGAUAAGCUCUGAGUGGCUCAUCCUCCUCUGACGGUAUAAAUGACUGUGGCUCCCAGACAAGGGUCACAAGAAGAACCCCAGAGUUCAGCUUGAUCUCACACGUCUGCAGCCAUGAAAUUCUCCAUCGUCGCCCUUGUCGCCAUCCUGGCACUCUUCCACGGCACUGAGUGCGUGUCGCUGGCAAAACGUGACGUCCAGUCCGAGGUGGACAGAAUCACUCAGCUGAUCAAGGACAUGUCGGCGACCUUCAACAGCGCCACGCUGGAGAUGGUGGAGAAGGUGAAGGCCCUGGAGGUGACCGGCACCGCCCAGAGCUACGCCACAGAGAGCAGAACCAAGAUCCAGCCUCUGGUGGAGAAGGUCCAGGCUGAGGCGGCCAAGCUGCAGCAGCAGGUCAAACCCUUCAUCGCCAACAUCGAGGAGCUGACCAAGCCGCUGACGGAGAACCUCAACGCUCAGGUCCAGCCCCUGACGGACAGCGUGCAGGCCCAGGUCAAGCCUCUGACCGACUCCAUGAUGGACUUCUUCAGGCAGGUGGCCGAGCAGACCAAGGCCCUGCUGCCCCCCCAGUAGGUUCUCCCGUCAAUAAAAACA